UCGAAAGAGGGGGACGCGUGCAACUGCUUUCGAUAAUCGGCCGCGCGUUCGGUACGUGAAAAUCGGACAGUUCACAGCCAGUCACGUAAACGUAAAAACAGAUAUAUGCCCAGAAUAUUUAUUAAGUGGGUGGUUGUGCGUGACUUUUCCCUUGUGAAUAGCUAGCCCAGUAAAUGAUCGGACGCGAAAAUAGAAUGGUUUGUUUGAUAACUAAAGACUUCCGCGCCUGAAAACACCAUCGCAGCUUAUUUGCGACAUGUUAACUGGCUGACUGUUUCGGGACUAAACUGUGUUAUGUGAAAUGGAACUCUUAUUCGAAUUUUGAAAUGUGCGCGUUCGGAAACUGUUUUAAACUUGAAUAAAAAAAAGUGACAAUGUUGCCAUAUCAAGCUGUGGCUAUGGACUAUGUAGCGGGGUUUCCUCAUCACCAGCGGCCUGGUGGGUUGCCUGGAGUAAUGGGCCUGCCGGGACCAGGCCCAGGGCUGAAUCCAGGGCUGAAUUCUGCCUUCACCCAUUCCUGGUUCGUACAGACAAGCCCGGAUAUCUGUCGGCAGCAACAAGCAUCCAACCAAUCGCAUCUUGAACCGGGCAUUCUCGAGCUUCGAAAAGAGAAGAGUAGAGAUGCAGCAAGAUCUCGACGUGGUAAAGAGAACUAUGAAUUCUACGAAUUGGCAAAGAUGUUGCCUCUCCCGGCUGCUAUUACCAGCCAGCUGGACAAAGCCUCGAUCAUUAGGCUCACGAUCAGCUACCUAAAGCUUCGGGACUUCUCAGGACACGGUGACCCUCCAUGGAGCCGGGAUACACCGCCUACCAGCAAAGCUCUGAAAGGUGCUCAAAACAGACGGACAGCCCUCGGCCUGGCGAUGGACCUCUUUGAGCAGCAUCAAGGCACACACAUACUCCAGUCUCUCGAUGGCUUUGCAUUAUCUGUAGCGGCUGAUGGAAGGUUUCUGUACAUAUCUGAAACUGUUUCAAUAUAUUUAGGAUUAUCACAGGUAGAGAUGACGGGUAGUAGCAUAUUCGAUUACAUUCAUCAAGCUGACCAUGCAGAAAUGGCAGAACAACUAGGGCUGUCACUUGCAGGCCGAGGUGGUGCAGGGCUGAACAGCCCAGCAUCAGGCAGUGAAGAGGGCAGUCAACAUGGAACUAAUAACCCUGACGUGUCAGCACAAAUGACGUUAGCAGCAAGUGGAUCAUUAUACAGAGGAAUGGAUAGAGCCUUCUGCAUCAGGAUGAAGAGUACGCUCACAAAACGGGGUUGUCAUUUCAAGUCGUCAGGAUAUAGGGUUGGGAGAGGCAAGGAGGGUGACUCUGCAAGAUAUGGAGAGGGUGGUAACUGGCGGGUGGUGCUUAUGCUCUGUAGACUCCGGCCGCAAUAUACGUUCUCACACAGUCGGAAGACACCACCCUCUCUUCUAGGAAUGGUGGCGUUAGCUAUCGCUCUGCCGCCACCCUCCGUACAUGAGAUACGACUGGAGUCCGACAUGUUUGUUACAAGAAUCAAUUUCGACUUCAGAAUAGCGCAUUGCGAGCCCAGUAGGGUUCAGGAGUUACUGGGCUAUACGGCAGAGGAGCUUACGGGGAAGAACCUGUAUGCUCUAUGUCAUGGUGAAGACGCCAAUAAACUUAGAAAAUGCCAUGUAGAUUUAAUGAACAAAGGUCAAGUGCUUACCCACUACUAUAGAAUAAUGAAUAAACUGGGCGGUUACACCUGGAUGCAGACUUGUGCAACGGUUGUAUGCUCCUCUAAGAAUGCAGAAGAGCAGAAUAUUAUUUGCGUCAAUUAUGUUAUCAGUGGACGAGAAUACCCAAAUACAGUAAUGGACUGCUGCCAGUUAGAAGAAAGCGUACAAGGUGUUAAAAGGGAAGAGUCUACUGGGGAUCCUGAAAAUGGUCCCCCAGAUGCAGAUGCGCCCGGUGCCCCACCUCCCUCAGCAAGACACGCAACGGAGAGAACAGAACCCCCGUCUAAUAACGAUUCUGCCUCGACCGCACCACCUACGUCAGACGUAACUCAUCUUACCAGACUGAGCGACUCACAACCUGUACCUCUUCACACUACUCCAGAACGAACUUCCCCUAUGCCAGCACGAAGACUGAAAAAACGUAAACAUACAACAGAUGAAGAUGAAGAUAGAGCGGAAGAAAGACGAAAAACCUCAUCAAAUCCAGGCACUGCAAUAUCCCCAGUAGAACGCGACAUGUCAAAAACAAUAUCUAUGCCUGAAAAUACGGACGCAACUUCAGUCAGAGACUUGGAAAAUGCCAUGUCGAAACAUUUGCCUUCUGUGGGCUUAGACAAGGAAAUUUCUCACAGGCCGACGGAUUUUUCAACGGAUGCUUUACUGAAGCAACAACAACAGAAAUCUACCAUACAGUGGAUAGGUACACAAAAUCACGCUUUAAACCAUUUGAAUAGACAAAUUCCCGGAAACCAUUCAUCAACACCCGCAUCGGCGCUGCUGAGGCAACUGUAUGCUAAUCGGGAAAGUGUUAUUAGAAGUAAUUUCCUGGGAGAUGCAAGAUCAGGUGGAUAUUACUCGGGAGAUGGCCAGACUGGACCUUUACCCACGCCUCCUGGCAGUGAAGGUUCUGGCUAUAGCGAACAAUUAGGCCACAAAGGUACAGAUAUCGGGUCACUAGCGUAUGGCUACGCGGAUUACCAUUCAGCAAUGACCCCGCCUGGCUCGGUUUCUCCGAGAGAUAAACAACAAUACGCUCUGCCAUAUGAUAAUAACGCUUAUUCAGAGGCAUUAAGGCACUCCUAUUUAGGAGACACACCAUUGCCUUUAAAACCCCAGGCGUAUUCUGCAGUCCCAGGUGCGUUAGACUAUGCGUCAUCGCUAGACCAGUCACAAUUUUUCCAUCCAGCACCAUCGUUCCAUCUCUAUCACCCACAGGCGCAUUCGCAUCCGUCUCACCCACACCAACCCGUAGAUAAGUCCGCUCCACCAAAUACUAAUUGGUAUUCAACGAGUUCAUAGCCAUAUUGAUGAGGAACUUUCACAGUGUCGUCCAAAUAUAUUUUGUUUCCUCCUUAUAUUGUUAUUGUUUUGUGAAAGUGAUUAGGGAUCUGUGGUUGUGUAACUGAAGCAUUCCAUUAGCUGUUAACGAAAAGACUUUUCUAAUACUCAUGAUUUUAUCAGUUUCGAAGUAUACAGAUAUGUAUCGUAUUAAAAAUUUAAAUGAAACUGUUUCUGUACCAAGUAUCUAGUAGUAUGUAGGCAUAUCUGGCUACUGAGUAUUCGAGCUAUUUAUAGCUUUCUUGCAUAUCAUAUAAACUAUAAAGGCUUGUAUUCCAUAACGUAAUCUAAUCACUUUGCACUGGAUUCAAUUUUUUUUAAUCUUUAAGCGAUUAACUAAUUCACGUUAUGGAAUAUGAGCCAAGUAACUUAAGCUUUGUGUAAAUGAUUGUACAAUAGUUAGCACCUGACUGUACUUAGAUUAAUAUUUUAACUUGUAAAUUAUACUAGUUAGCGUUGUAUAUUAUUUUAUUGGAAAUAAGAUUUCUUGUAAAUACGUUGUUUAAAAAUAGUGUUUUUAGUUUUUUGACAAUGCUCAAAGACUUGUUUUACGUUCUGUUUAGAUAAUUAUUAUUAAAUAAAAUUAUGUAGGAAUUCCGAAAUUUGCAUAGUACAGCCCCCUUUCCAAUGACAUACAACGAACUGUGCGUUUUCAAUCAACUCUAUAGCAACAUUGAUAACUGCUAAGAACAACUUUAUCAUUAAGCUCGAGCAAGCAUCUAAGUCUAAAUAUGAUUAUGAUUUACUGAUUAUGUAAAAAAUAUAGCACGGUGCCUAAAUAGAUAUCGAUAUUGGUCGCACGGAACAAACUAAUUUAAUGAAUAAACAUUGAAACUGUAUGUAUGUAAUGUAUCAAUGCUUACUUGGAAUAUUAAAUUCGUAAAAAGUGAAUUAGUAGUAUAUAAAGGGGGUUUUGUUAUUUUUAAUAUGUCCAUGACAGUUGUUGUAAAAUACUCAUUCCGUAAAGUUUUGUUUUUCGUUUAAAAAUCAGUAGGAUGCUCGUGCAAUAUGAAAAAUGUUAUUUUUGAAGGCUUCGUAAUAUAUAGUAAAUUAAGGUAUUACUAUAAAGUACUUAAUUGGUAUUAUGUAUUAAAAUUAUCUGUUAAAUAUGUUCUGUAUUGUUUUAUAAUUUACAUGAAAAAGUGAAUUUUAUUUGUCCA